AUCGAUUCACUACAAGUGUUACUAUGUCCAUGCAGCUUUUCACCCCAACCUUUUCCCUACUUCAGAGAGAAGUUCCUCAGGGCUCGGAUACAUAGUCUCUUGCAAAGUAGCUGUUACUUCAUUCUGUCUUUCUUUGAGCUUCUGGCUUCUCCCAGCCUGGUUUCAUCUUGGAGUCCUGCGGCGGGUUACUUACUUCCCCGCGCGCACGCUGAAACUGCAAUCAUCACCCAACAUACACGCAUCUGCUAGCCGAGAAAGAAAAAAGAACACCAUUCCGUCAACCAACAGGAUCACAGGUCGCUUCAAGCGUGCUUCACCUUCUCGCCAGGAUGUCGAACCAGGCGAUCCUACGCAUUACCAGGGAGAUUAGACAAUUCCAACAAGGCACAGACCUCUCUCUGGCGGUACAUUACAACGAGUCCGAUAUCCGAAAUGUUCAAGCUCUAAUACUCGGGCCUCCGGAUACGCCUUAUCAAUUUGGAUUCUUUGAGUUCUCAAUCAAAUUUGGAAGAGACUACCCGACCAAUCCCCCUAAUGUUCGCGCAUUGACGACGAAUUGUGGACGAACUCGAUUUAAUCCCAAUAUCUAUGCCACCGGCAAGGUUUGCUUGUCGAUCCUUGGAACGUGGCGCGGAGAAAGCGGAGAGCAAUGGUCGUCUGCACAGGGCCUCGAGUCUAUUCUAAUAUCGAUUCAAAGCUUGAUGUCCUCCAACCCUUACGAGAACGAACCUGGUUAUGAAGGCGCAAAUUCAGAGGAUGAUAAGAAGAAUAUGGAACAGUAUAUUGCGAAGAUUCGCCACGAGACCCUUCGACUUGCGGUGAUCGAGCCGCUGGAAGCUGCCUUGGGGAUUAUUCCCACAAACGACGCGAAUACGUCGCUCAGUGACAACGAGGAACGGCAGCUUCUCGAAGAAGACAAGCCAUGCGCCGACCAUUUCGCCGACCUCCGCAAGAGACGUUUCAUGUGGUAUUUUGGUUCCUACUUGCAAUCAAUUGAUGCUGCAAUGCUGGAACAUCCAGGCAAACAUAAAUUCAAAAGGAUGCCCUUCGAAGGUGGUGGCAAUGCUAUGGAAGGCCACUUUGACUAUAAGGAAUUGAAGCAGCGCUUGGUGGCUAUCAAAGAUAUGAUCGUCGAGGAAAGCCUCGGCUGGGCUGCCGAAGGGCUGGUGGCUAAGGAGCAGGAGUGGGGCAUCGCCGUGAGCCUGCAGCGCCAAUUCGAACAAAUCGUGGAGAGCAUCAAGAGCCAGAAGAAUUUUACAAUUGAUCUGAACCUGGUUGACGAUAACCCCUUCCUGUGGAGGCUCACCUACUUUGGCAGGCCCAUGACGCAUCUGGACGGUGGUGUGUUUGAGAUUGACUUACGCUUGAGCCCAAGGUUUCCAGAAGAACAACCCCGGGUAUUUAUGAGAACGAUCUUCUACCAUGUCCGUGUAUCUGAGAUUGGCGUCUUGUGCUAUAUUCCACGACGGUCAGAGGAAAUGCGAUAUCACAUCGAAGGGAUCGUGGCGGCUCUUGAGGAAGAGCACCCACCUUAUGAUCCACGAACUACCGUGAACCCCGAAGCCUCUCGGUUGUUCUGGGGUACGCCCGAUGAUCGAAAGAGAUACAAUCGAGCUUUGAGACGCUCAGUUGAGAGAACUUUGGAUUAGCCCCAUGGCCAUUGACGAUAUUGGUCCGGCUUCAACGACUCUCAGACGGACAAGAAAGAAACAGAACACUGGCUAGAUCAUACUCAUACUAAGGCCAUUUUGUCUGGCUUUGGAAUGUCUGUCUAGAAUCUUCUGUUCCUCUGCAUUUCCUCCGCGCUUCAGUCCUAGCACACACUCGAGAAGGAUGGGAAAGGGGAUGUAUUAUGAAUGGGAUGGGCAUUUGCAUUGCCAUAUCAGUAAACUCGGAGUAGUUAUGGCGCAGAACCCCGAAAAAGGCGGGUUGGAAAGAAUUUGCUUCGCAGUGUAACCGGAGUCAUUGCGAUCAGUCAGUUGCCUUUUUACUUUUAUUUUUAUGCUUGGUAGCCGAGCUGGCCAUACUUUAAGAUUGAGAUGAGAUCAAUGGCAG